GUGCGCACAGGGCGCCUGCGCGCGGGUUCCGGCAGCCCGCGAGACGCUGUCUGCGGGACUUGGUAGACGGCUGAGGUGCGGGAGCUGCGGGAGGAUGGAGCCACUGAAGAUGGAAAAGUUCACGACUGCCGACCGGGGAAACGGGCUGCGCGCAGUGGCCCCGCUACGCCCCGGGGAGCUGCUCUUUCGCUCGGAUCCUUUGGCGUACACGGUGUGCAAGGGGAGUCGUGGCGUAGUCUGCGACCGCUGCCUCCUCGGGAAGGAAAAGUUGAUGCGAUGCUCUCAAUGCCGAGUUGCCAAAUACUGUAGUGCUAAGUGUCAGAAAAAAGCUUGGCAGGACCACAAGUGGGAAUGCAAAUGCCUUAAAAGCUGCAAACCUAGAUAUCCUCCUGACUCUGUGCGACUUCUUGGUCGAGUUGUCUUCAAACUUAUGGAAGAAACUCCCUCAGAAUCUGAGAAACUUUACUCAUUUUAUGAUCUGGAAUCAAAUAUUAGCAAACUUACUGAAGAUAAGAAAGAGGGCCUCAGGCAACUUACAAUGACAUUUCAACAUUUCAUGAGAGAAGAAAUACAGGAUGCUUCUCAGCUGCCAGCUUCUUUUGACAUUUUUGAAGCCUUUGCAAAAGUGAUCUGCAACUCUUUCACCAUCUGUAACGCGGAGAUGCAGGAAGUUGGUGUUGGCCUGUACCCUAGUAUGUCAUUGCUCAACCACAGCUGCGACCCCAACUGUUCGAUUGUGUUCAAUGGGCCCCACCUCUUACUUCGUGCUGUCCGAGACAUUGAGGUGGGAGAGGAGCUCACCAUCUGCUACCUGGAUAUGCUGAUGACCAGCGAGGAGCGCAGGAAGCAGCUGAGGGACCAGUACUGCUUUGAGUGUGACUGUUUCCGGUGUGAAACCCAGGACAAGGAUGCUGAUAUGCUAACUGGCGAUGAGCAAGUCUGGAAGGAAGUUCAAGAAUCCCUGAAAAAAAUUGAAGAACUGAAGGCACAUUGGAAGUGGGAACAGGUUCUGGCCAUGUGCCAGGCGAUCAUAAGCAGCAACUCUGAACGGCUUCCUGAUAUCAACAUCUACCAGCUGAAGGUGCUCGACUGUGCCAUGGAUGCCUGCAUCAACCUCGGGCUGUUGGAAGAGGCGCUCUUCUAUGGGAUUCGGACCAUGGAGCCCUACCGGAUUUUUUUCCCAGGAAGCCACCCCGUCAGAGGUGUGCAAGUAAUGAAAGUCGGCAAACUGCAGUUGCAUCAAGGCAUGUUUCCGCAAGCAAUGAAGAACCUGAGACUGGCUUUUGAUAUCAUGCGAGUGACACAUGGCAGAGAACACAGCCUGAUUGAAGAUUUGAUUCUACUCUUAGAAGAAUGUGAUGCCAACAUAAGAGCAUCCUAAGGAAGCCCAGCUGGAGAGAGAUGGCUUGUAACCUUAUCAGAUGCCUUAUUGAGGUCACACCAAUUUGUACUUUGUUUGCUGUGUGAAUCUUCCUUGUUAAAAAUGCUGUUUUGUGUUUAUGUAGGUAAAUAAAGGCAGACACAUGGUUUGUCAACCAUAGAAUCCCUAGUUGUAGAGAAGCAUGGUUAUAAUAAAUACAAAAAAAGUUAGUUAAAAUGCUA